AGCAGAUUUUAGUUGUAGAAGAAGAAAAAAAAAAAGACCCUCGUCGAAACAAAGAGGCUGGAGUAAGUGACCCGGUGGAACUGAACAGGUAACAAUAAUAACAAUAAUAAGCCCGGCAUGACUGGGAUGGCCUCACCAGAGAAAGCGUCCAGCUCCAAGAAGAAAAGCGAGAGGAAAUGUGUGUCAAAAGAGGAGUACAGACAGCUGUCCAGCAUCAUGGGGGUCAUGAACAACCUGAGGAAACAGGGUACCCUCUGUGAUGUGACCCUGGUGGUUCAGGGGAAGCACUUUCCUGCACACAGAGUCGUCCUAGCUGCUGCCAGUCACUUCUUCAGCCUCAUGUUCACCACCAGAAUGAUAGAGUCCAUGUCCCAUGAGGUGGAGCUCAGGUGUGCCGAGCCUGAGAUCGUUGAGCUAUUGAUUGAAUUUAUCUACACAGCACGGAUCUCAGUGAACAGCAGUAAUGUCCAGUCUUUGCUUGAUGCUGCCAACCAGUACCAGAUUGAGCCAGUGAAGAAGAUGUGUGUGGAGUUCCUCAAAGGACAGAUUGAUGCUACAAAUUGCCUGGGUAUUUCAUCUUUAGCAGACUGUAUGGACUGUCCAGAGCUGAAGGCAGCAGCUGAGGACUUUUCCCAGCUCCACUUUACUGAGGUCUACAAACUAGACGAGUUCCUACAACUGGAUGUGCAACAGCUCACACAUCUGCUGCACCAGGACAAACUCACAGUCCGUGCUGAGGCCCAGAUAUAUGAUGCUGCAGUGCGCUGGCUGAAGUACGAUGUGUGUAACAGACAGCAGUACAUGGUGGAGGUGCUGGGGUGUGUUCGCUUCCCCUUGGUCUCCAAAACCUUCCUGUCCAAGACUGUGCAGGCUGAGCCCCUCAUCCAGGACAACCCACAGUGCCUCAAGAUGGUCAUCAGUGGAAUGCGUUAUCAUCUGCUGUCCCUCGAGGACCGUGAGGACUUGGGAGAAAGCAGUCGACCACGACGCAAGAAACAUGAUUAUCGCAUCGCUCUGUUUGGAGGCUCACAGCCACUGUCCUGCCGCUACUUCAACCCCAAGGACUCCAGCUGGACAGAUAUCCGCUGCCCCUUUGAGAAGCGCCGGGAUGCAACAGCUGUCUUCUGGGACAAUGUGGUCUACAUCCUGGGUGGCUCACAACUCUUCCCCAUCAAGCGAAUGGACUGCUACAAUGUCCUGAAAGACAGCUGGUACUCAAAGCUGGGUCCACCGACGCCUCGUGAUAGUCUGGCUGCCUGUGCUGCUCAGGGAAAGAUCUACACGUCUGGGGGGUCGGAAGUCGGCAGCUCAGCUCUGGACCUUUUCGAGUGCUACGACACAAGGACAGAGUCAUGGCAGGUGAAAAACAGCAUGCUGAUGGCCCGCUGCAGCCACGGAUCAGUGGAGGCCAACGGGCUUAUUUAUGUCUGCGGAGGAACGGUGGGCAACAAUGUCUCUGGCAGGGUCCUCAACAACUGUGAGGUCUACGACCCCAGCACACAACAAUGGAGGGAGCUGUGUGGGAUGAGAGAAGCCAGGAAGAACCAUGGGCUGGUGGUGGUCAAUAACAGGAUCUACGCUGUUGGAGGGCAGGGGGCACUGGGUGGACUGGACUCAGUGGAGUACUAUGACAUUGCCACUAAUGAGUGGCGGGCUGCCUCACCCAUGCCGUGGCGAGGUGUAACUGUGAAAUGUGCAGCUGUGGGUGAGGUCAUCUAUGUGCUGGCAGGGUUUCAAGGAGUGGGGCGUCUCGGUCACGUCUUGGAGUAUCACACCGAUACUGACAGGUGGGUCACUUGCAGCAAAGUGCGAGCAUUUCCUGUCACCAGCUGCCUUAUCUGUGUGGUCGACACGUGUGGAGUCAACGAGGAUGAGGAUAUGGACCUCAUCGACUCUCAGACACACCCUGCACCCGUGGCCUCUUCAUCUGCCUCAGCUGCCUCACCAUCAGCGUCCUCGUAGGACACGAGGAGGACUUUGUCUAAAUUCAGUUGUAACUUCAACUGUGCCAAAUACCCUCUUAUGUGUAGGAGGACAUAAUUACAGAAAUGGUAUAUAAUAUUCGUAAUUGUUUUCAUGAAUGUAUAGACAAAACAAAAUAUCUUUGUUUUCAUUACCUUAUAGAACUGUUUCUAUUGUAGAUCUGCAAAGAAUUUCUCCUUUUUUUAACAAGUGACUUCCAGUGUUCAGGUGCAUUACUGUUGCCUCCUAUGUUUUACUGUGGGAGUGGAGGGGCAUUAAGUGACAAUCUGAAAUACAUUUUUAAAAAUCUGAAGCAUUAUUUAACUCCUUGAUCACUAUUUUUCCAGAACUGUGAUUAUUUUUGUUUUUGUAAUUUGUUAGUUGUGUACUGUUACAGCAUGUAAAAUAUGCACAUUUUAUUAGUUGAAUCUGUCAUGUUGUUUAUAAGAGAAGUGCUUCUGUAAUGCAUAAUAUGUUUUUAGAGGAUGAAUAAACAUUUGUUCUCUGUGA